AAUAAAUACAAGAUGGCUCCUCAUAUAAAGCCAGGCAUCUGGCUUCUCCGCAGCCACGAUAAAAUAUAUUCUAUAUUUACUUAUAACCGUUUUAAAGGCUCUUGGCGUAGGCCAGAGAGGUGAUUUAGGUUGCUGUAACGUAAAUAAGGAACGCAAAUCUUAUUGCGCCGCGGCCAAGUUACAUGAAGGCUGCUGAGCCGUGACCAUGAAUUAGGUUUUUCUGGGAACGUGGAGGCUGAGGCGGUUCUAAGCCUAGGCUAUAGGCCCUGACUCUCGGCCCUCUGUUCUUUCCUAGACCGGAAGAGAUCCACGCAAGAAAGUGAUUUCUUCAUUGUGUCCCUGUCUGACAGGGCGAAGAUAUUCACUGGGUCGUGAUGGCUGUAUCUAGGUUAGAUCGCCUUUUCAUUUUACUGGACACCGGAACAACACCAGUAACACGAAAAGCAGCAGCUCAGCAGCUUGGAGAUGUUGUAAAGCUUCAUCCUCAUGAAUUAAACAACCUGUUAACAAAAGUCUUAUUGUACCUGCGAAGCCCAAAUUGGGAUACACGUAUAGCCGCGGGGCAAGCUGUUGAAGCAAUUGUCAAAAAUAUUCCACAGUGGAAUCCAUCAACAAAGCUUAAGAGAGAGCCUGGGUCAGAGUAUGCAAAUGAUGACUCUCUAGCGUCGGAUCGGCUUAGUUUUGACAGAUUUGAUAUCUCAAGACUGUUAAAACAUGGUUCAUCUCUCUUGGGUUCAGCUGGUGCAGAGUUUGAAGUUCAAGAUGACAAAACAGCUGAAGUUGACCCUAAAGAAAGAAUAGCACGACAAAGAAAAUUGUUACAGCGUAAAUUAGGACUUGAUAUGGGAGCAGCAAUAGGAAUGAACACAGAAGAUCUCUUUAAUGAUGAAGAUCUGGAUUACAUGCCAUCUGCUUCACUUGUCAACAAACCUGCUGCAGAAUUUAUUGAUUCUGAAUUCCUUCCUGGAAUGAGCAACAGACAGAGAAAUAAAGCAAAGAGAAUGGCAAAGUUAAUUGCGAAACAGCGAUCAAGAGAUACCGUUGACACAAAUGAAAAAAGUAGUGAUAGUACUGAUGGGGAACCUGAAGAAAAGCGAAGGAAAGUAACCAAUGUAGUCAUCAAUCAACCUGCUACAGAGUCUAAGGUGUUGAUUGAUAAUGUUCUGGAUAACUCUUCUCUUUUUGACGAGACAAAUGAAUGGCCAUUGGAGAGCUUUUGUGAAGAGCUUUGUAACGAUCUCUUUAAUCCUUCAUGGGAGGUCCGCCAUGGUGCUGGCACUGGACUCAGGGAAAUUCUCAAAGUGCAUGGCAGAAGUGGUGGCAGAGUUGCUGAUUGCCCAGUUGAAGAGGUGGUUGCACCAGUGAGGGAGACUUGUGCUCAAACAUUAGGUGUAGUACUGAAGCAUAUGAAUGAGAGUGGUGUACACAAAACUGUGAAGAUCUUACUAAAGUUAUUAACACAAGAUCAGUGGGAAGUAAGACAUGGAGGAUUGCUAGGCAUAAAAUAUGCUUUAGCAGUUCGUCAGGAUUUAAUUAAAACUUUAUUACCUAAAGCUCUGCCAGCAAUAAUUGAAGGUCUUCAGGACCUUGAUGAUGAUGUACGUGCUGUAGCUGCUUCAUCUUUGGUUCCUGUUGUGGAUAGUCUUGUCAAGCUUCAGUUUAAGCAGGUUCCUUUUAUUCUCAACACUUUAUGGGAUGCUCUCUUAGAAUUGGAUGAUCUGACUGCUUCUACUAAUAGUAUUAUGACACUUCUCUCUUCGCUCCUAAUGUAUCCUCAAGUUCAGCAUUGCAAUAAUCAGCAGUCCCUUACAACAUUAGUUCCAAGAGUAUGGCCAUUUUUACGUCACACAAUAUCGUCCGUCCGAAAAGCAGCCCUUGAGACUUUAUGUACUCUGUUAUCUACACAAGACCAGAACUGCUCAGGCUGGUUGACACCAAUUUUGCAAGACAUGCUUCGUCAUAUAUUUCAGAUCUGUAUUUUGGAAAGCAACCAAGAAAUUAUUGAACUCAUUCAUAAGGUUUGGAAGGAAUUAAUCAACAAGGCAUCUGUACAGUAUGUGGUAGCUGCUGCUUGCCCAUGGAUGGGAGCUUGGCUGUGCUUAAUGAUGCAGCCUUCCCAUAUGCCUAUUGAUUUAAACAUGCUGCUGGAGGUGAAAACAAAAUCUAAGGAGAAAACCAGUGGAAAACUGCGGCAAUUCCAAAGCCAAACAAAGGAAGUUAACCAGGAAUAUAUAGCUGGAUCAGACAGCAUAACAGAGGACCCAGCAACCAGGGACUAUGUUGUGAUACGAACUCGUGUGGCCGCAGCAAAGUUGUUGGGAUCAUUGUGUGGCUGUAUUUGCGAUCCAAGUGUAAACACUGCAUCCCAAGAAAUAAAGCCUGCUGAAUCACUGGCUCAACUGUUGCUUUUCCAUUUGAACUCAAAAUCUGCCUUACAACGUAUUAGUGUGGCUCUUGUGAUAUGUGAGUGGGCAGCACAACAAAAGGAAUGUCAGGCACUGGUCCAAGCCAUACAGCCUAGAUUGCUUGCUGUUCUCUCAGAGCAUCUCUAUUACGAUGAAAUUGCAAUUCCUUUUACCAGAAUGCAGAAUGAGUGUAAAUUACUCAUUUCAUCCUUGGCUGAUGCAGAGAUUGAUGUUCGAAACAAAAUUAAUUGCAGUGUAUUCACCAUUGACCAAGCCAACGAGCUGGUUACUGCAAUCUUCAAUGAAGUUACAUCACCUCUCAUUGGCAAUCCUAAACUUUUCCAGCAGCUGGAUGGAAAGAGGCAGCAAGUACAAAUGACAAUUAUGGAAACCAACCAGGAAUGGCAGGUCCUUCAGUUAAGAGUCCACACAUUUGCUGCUUGUGCCAUUGUGAAUCUCCUGCAACUUCCAGAAAAGCUUAAUCCUAUCAUUAAACCCUUGAUGGAGGCUGUGAAAAAAGAAGAAAAUAUAAUGGUGCAAAAUUAUGUAGGUCUGUCCAUAGCAAAAUUACUCCGUCAAUGCAUCUUGAGGACUCCUUGCCCCAAUCCAAAAAUAAUUAAAAAUCUCUGUAGCUCCUUGUGCAUUGAUCCUAAUAUAACACCACCUGUGUCAUGUCCAACUCCUGCACUGAUCAAUGGGGACUCAUCAAAAGGGGGGUUAAACUCUGAAAAGGAUGGAAUGUAUCUCACAGUCACAAAGCACAAAGGAAUAAUUACUUUAUAUAGGCAUCAACGAGCUGCCUUUGCAAUCACUAGCAAAAGGGGUCCAACUCCAAAAGUUCAGAAAUGUCAGAUGGGAGACCUGCCAGCAGGAAGCAGUAGCAACAUGGCUGUAGAGCCAGAUGAGACUCAGAGACAACACCUGAUACAGAGAAGGGGAGCUGAAUUUACACUAUCUACUAUUGCUAAACAUUUUGCAUGUGAUUUAGCAACAGGAUUGCCUCAGCUGUGGGAAGCGAUGGUUGGAACAUUAAAGAGCAAUAUAAGUGUUGGUAAUUUUGAGGGAAAACCUUUAGAUAAAGGAGAUGAUGCUGCGCAAGAGCUGGUAAACUGUCUGCAAGUGUUUGAGAUCACUGCUGCUUCAAUGGAUCCUACAUUACAACCCUUGGAUGAGCCCACUCCUUCAACUCUUAAGUCACAGGAACAGGAGAAAUUGGCCAUAGAGCAUUUUUUUUACCCUUUCUUUGCCAAAGACAAAGCCCAAGAGUACACAAAAAGCAAGUCUGCAGACAGCGUACCUCAUCCGUCUUUGGUGGUGUGUCCUCCAACCUUGACAGGCCAUUGGGUGGAUGAAGUGGGAAAAUUUUGCUCUAAAGAAUAUCUCAAUCCCUUGCACUAUACUGGACCUCCUACCGAACGUGCAAGGUUACAACACCAAGUAAAAAAACACAACCUAGUUGUAGCAUCGUAUGAUGUUGUGAGGAAUGACAUAGACUUCUUCAGAAAUAUGAAGUUCAACUAUUGUAUUCUUGAUGAAGGGCAUGUGAUAAAAAAUGGAAAAACCAAAUUGUCAAAAGCAGUAAAACAACUUGCAGCCAAUUACAGAAUUAUUCUUUCUGGUACACCAAUUCAGAAUAAUGUUUUGGAGUUGUGGUCAUUGUUUGAUUUCCUUAUGCCUGGAUUUUUGGGUACAGAGCGUCAGUUUGCUGCAAGAUAUGGAAAGCCUAUUUUAGCAAGUAGAGAUGCCAAAAGUUCAUCUCGUGAACAAGAAGCAGGAGUUCUUGCUAUGGAAGCGUUGCAUCGUCAAGUUUUGCCAUUUUUACUUCGUAGAAUGAAAGAAGAUGUUUUACAAGAUCUUCCUCCUAAAAUAAUACAGGAUUAUUAUUGUAAUCUAAGUACAUUGCAGGUGCAAUUGUAUGAAGAUUUUGCAAAGUCUCGUGCCAAAACUGAUAUUGAUGAAACUGUAUCUACAUCUUCCAUGGCUGAGGAAAAUGAAAAGCCGAAGCUGAAAGCUACAGGUCAUGUCUUCCAGGCUUUGCAGUAUUUGCGCAAACUAUGCAACCAUCCAGCAUUGGUUCUAACAACUCAGCAUCCAGAAUACAAGAAAAUAAUUGAGCAACUUAAUAUACACAAUUCCUCCCUUCGGGAUAUUCAACAUGCUCCCAAACUCUCUGCAUUAAAACAGCUGCUGUUAGACUGUGGUUUGGGAAAUGGUGGCACGGCUGAGAGUGGCACUGAAGCAGUGGUAGCCCAGCAUAGAGUACUGAUCUUCUGUCAAUUAAAAAGCAUGCUUGAUAUUGUUGAACUUGAUCUUCUCAAACCUCACUUGCCCUCGGUCACAUACUUAAGGCUGGAUGGCAGCAUACCUGCUGGACAAAGACAUUCCAUUGUUUCACGAUUUAAUAAUGACCCUUCCAUAGAUGUACUUCUGCUUACCACCCAUGUAGGUGGUUUGGGUCUCAACUUAACAGGGGCUGACACAGUAGUUUUUGUGGAACAUGACUGGAAUCCAAUGAGAGACCUUCAAGCCAUGGAUCGAGCUCACCGUAUUGGUCAGAAACGCGUGGUUAAUGUUUAUCGACUAAUAACAAGAGGA